AACAUCAAGCAGCAGCCCAAACCUCUCUCUGCGUCUCAAGAUACAACUAGCUGAACAAUGGAUAAGUUCAUAGGAGAUUUUCAGAGACGUCUUCAUAAGGAAGUAUAUGGCCUGAGGGAGGUCACUAUCCUUGAGCAUUGUGGUUUCAUAAUGUAUUUCUGCCUCAUUACUUCUCGUGCUGGAACUGACAUUGAUGCUGCAAUCAGGAAUCUUAUGCUUGUGCAAGCUGACAAACAAGUCAUCAUUGCUGUGCUUUAUCCUACAAUUGACCCUGAGAAAACCAUACCAGACAGCAACAAUGCUAUAAAGAAGGAGAACACAUAUCUAGUCGACUUUCUGUUCAAUGAGGAUGAAGGGUUCAUGAAUUGUCAGAAGAACAAAGAUGCAAUCAAUAAACUUGCAAGACACAUCAAGUCCAUGAAUCUGACUUCAUAUUACUUGCAAAAUUAUGGAAUUCCACGUACAUACCAGAAUGGAGAAGAUUCUCUUGUGCCCAUCGGAGCCGGAGGACACCGAAUUCGAAAAAAAUGUGUUAUUUUUCUUUUUCUCAUUGUUAUUAUCAUUCUCAUCAUUUGCUUCAUUAUUUUUUGGACAGUUUUAAGGCAUCAUGUUGAUACUAACGAUAUAAAUAAUUACAGAAAUGACACUGUAAAAAAGUAUAACAGUUUCUGAAAAAGAAAAAAAAGACAGCUGUGGAUGCCAGAAGACCAUAAUUAUAGGAGCAAUUUGUAAGAUUUUACAGAUUUAAAUUUAAUUAACAAAGUACCGGAAUUCACUAAUAACAACUCAUUAAAGCACUAAUAUAUGAAAGUCACAUGAUAAACCCAAAGCUAAUUACAAUUUUAGAAGUGAAUUUCAGCAGUGAUUGUCACUAAGCUUCAUAUAACACACUGCAUGAAGAUAAUUGAACUGUGAAUGUAAGUGUGUUUUUGAGAUGUAUUACAAUACACAUGAAGUUCACAAACACUUUUUAGGAUUUGCAUGUAGCAUGUAACUAUUUUGUUUGCAGAAAUAUACAUGCUGUGCUGUUUACCCCAGAUAUGACCACUUUUUUUUCCGCAUUUUCGCAUAACUCCUUAUUUAGAUCUUUAAGUUUGUAAAAGGAAUUCCAUUGCUAAAAACACUUAUACUAAACUGGAUUAGCUUUUAGUAAUUACAUUAUGUUAGUUAUGGUGAAGAGAUAUUAUUCAUUCUGUUAUGUCUUUAAAUAUUACUAUGAACGAUGACAAAAUGCUUUUUGAGUAACUUUUGCUUUAUGCUAAUUGCUUUGCUCAGCCCUUUACAGUUUUGAAUUGUUACAGUAAGUUUGUUAUAGAGGAAUCAUCAACCUACGUCACACAUGACGUCACACGGGCUCCCGGUUGCAAAAAGAGACCAAUUGCAAUAGCAAACAUGUUG